GCUCCUCCUGCCCCCUCCCAGCCCAGGAACUCCGGGAGCAGCAGCUGCUGACACAGAAGAGACACAACAAGUAUCUGAGGGGAACCCGGAGCAGAGCGCCCCCCUCCUCAUGUACCGGGGAGAGCAGCCAGCUGAUCAGGCCUGAUGUUCCAUCUCUUCCCCUUUCAUUUUGGGGGUAACUCCUCCACCUACGCGUCCUGGGAUGACAGCCGCGCCGGCAACAGUACCAAUGACUCCCAGAAUUAUUGCUACAGCGGCCAUACGGGCAGCACGGUGCUCCAAGGGGUGACGUUCGGAGGAAUCCCCACAGUCUUGGUGCUGGACGUCAUCUGCUUUGUGUUGUUGCUGCUGAUUUUCUCCAUCAUUCGGAAGAAUUUCUGGGAUUAUGGACGGUUGGCUCUUGUAUAUGACUCUGAGAAGGUUCCACAUCGGAGAUACCGGAGACUAUCCUCAUCAUCCUCUGUCAAUGAGGAACUAGAAAGGGACCGGGGAUUUUGCUCCUGGAUAUCAUCAGCAUUUCAGAUGCAUGAUGAAGACAUCUACGAGCGAUGUGGAGAAGACGCUCUUCACUACCUUUCCUUCCAGCGUCACAUCAUAUUCUUCUUGGUCGUCGCCAGCGUCCUUUCUGUUGCUGUCAUAUUGCCGGUCAACCUUUCCGGGACUCUACUUGAUAUGGAUCCUUUAAGCUUUGGCCGGACCACUAUAGCAAACUUACAGCAUGAGGACAGUCUCAUUUGGCUCCACACAGUCGUAGGUGUCAUUUAUCUCAUCCUCAUCGUCAUCCUCAUGCGACAUCACACAUCUGUCAUAAAAUACAAAGAGGAGAAUACGGUAAAACAAACGCUGUUUAUAACAGGACUGCCCCGGGACGCCGAAAAGGAGACCAUCAGCAGGCACUUUAGUGAAGCUUAUCCAUCAAGCCGGGUCAUCGACGUACAGUUGUGUUAUGAUGUCUAUGACCUUCUCCGAAUUUCCAGUGAGAGGACAAAAGCUGAAAAGAAUUUGGCGUAUUUCAUCAAACUGCACAACAAAACUGGCGAAUAUGUGUUUAUUAACCCCAAGCCAUGCGGACAGUUCUGCUGCUGUGUAAUGCGCGGGUGUGAGAGGAUUGAAGCUAUUGAAUAUUACACCGGAAAAAAGGACAAGCUGGAUCAGCAGUACGCAUCUAAGCUGGAGCAGGCACGUAAUGUGCCCCUCGGAAUCGCUUUUGUGACUUUUUCCGAUAAGUCCACCGCGACCUUCAUCGUGAAAGAUUUCAACGCCAUCCAAUGUCAUCAGUGCAAAUGUGCUACGGAGCCGCAGCCAUCGAGCGUCAGCAGACAUCUUCGUACCGCCAAGUGGUCGGUGACCUACGCCACCUAUCCGGAGAACAUCUCGUGGGAGAACCUCUCGGUGCAGGGAGUAAAAUGGUGGGCGCGAUUCGUGGGGAUUAAUUUUUGCCUUUUCAUUGUGUUAUUUUUCCUCACAACGCCAUCUAUUAUAAUUUCUACAAUAGACAAGUUCAAUGUCACCAAGCCCAUCUACUAUCUGAAUAACCCAGUGAUCAGCCAGUUCUUCCCCACCCUCCUGCUGUGGUCGUUUUCUGCAUUAUUACCAACCAUUGUGUAUUACUCCACCCUCUUUGAGGCCCACUGGACAAAAUCUGCAGAAAAUCGUAUCAUGAUGCACAAAAUCUACAUCUUUCUCAUCUUCAUGGUGCUGAUUUUGCCGUCGCUCGGCCUGACCAGCUUAGACGUCUUCUUUCGGUGGCUGUUUGACAAAUCCAUGGACAACAGUCGGAUCAGGCUGGAAUGUGUCUUCCUGCCGGAUCAGGGCGCCUUCUUUGUCAACUACGUCAUCGCUUCUGCGUUCGUUGGGAACGGGAUGGAGUUGCUACGUCUUCCGGGCCUCAUCUUAUACACUAUACGCAUGAUAAUGGCCAAAUCCGCUGCAGAGAGACGGAACAUAAAGCAGCACCAGGCCUUUGAAUACCAGUUCGGAGCCAUGUACGCCUGGCUAUUGUGCGUGUUCACGGUUAUUACCGCCUACAGCAUCACCUGCCCCAUUAUUGUGCCAUUUGGUUUGAUCUACAUGCUGCUGAAACACGUUGUGGACAGACACAACCUGUAUUACGCUUAUCUGCCUACGAAACUGGACCGGAAGAUCCACUUCGCGGCUGUGAAUCAGUCCCUGGCCGCUCCCAUAUUAUGCAUCAUGUGGCUGUUUUUCUUCUCUCUUCUUCGAAUGGGUUUUAAAGGCGCUACGCUUUUCACCUUGAUUAUAUUGCUAAUAACCGUCAUCAUCUGCAUCUCGUAUACCUGUUUCGGCUGCUUCAAACACCUGAGUCCUAUGAAUUACAAGAUACUUGAAUCUCUUCCUGGAACAGACACUCCGGCUGAAGAAGAAGUCCCCCGGAAAUUACCUGUCUAUGCCCCCGGUGUCUUGGUAACUCCCACCGAGAGCACCAAACUGGAUCAGGAUCGCCGCCAAUCUUACGGAACUAUAAUCGUGACCAAUACAACAGCUGACACGGACGCGGCUCGCCAUGUAUCAUGGGACGUCUCCGAGUCAUAGCAAUAGUGCUUGGUCACUGCUGUCACACCGGGACCUUUGGUUUACAUACGACCAAACAGACCUGUGGAUAGGGACUGACUGGUUAGACCAGUUUUUCCCAACCAGGGUGCCUCCAGCUGUUGCAAAACUACAACUCCCAGCAUGCCCAACCAGCCACACACCUCUGGUGGGGCCUCGUAUCCCCAGAGGAUAAAAUAAAAUCUGACAUGUUGUAUUCCAAAUGCCCAAUCCUUCUCUUCCCAGGCAUCAGUGAGUUAGGGUACUCCCAUACACAUUACCUGGGGUGGCCAGUCUGACCGAAAUCUGUAGAUUCGGCCUCCAUUUGUCUAAUUCAGGGUUUACCAACCAGUGAAUGCCUCCAGCUGUUGCAAAACUACAACUCCCAGAAUGCUAAGCAGCAGGUAUCAUGGUCUGGGCAGUGAAUGGAGACCAACAGCAAUGCUCAGGGCAGUGUUUCCCAACCAGGGUGCCUCCAGCUGUUGCAAAACUACAACUCCCAGCAUGCUAAGCAGCAGGUAUCAUGGUCUGGGAAGUGGUUGGGAGACAAACAGCAAUGCUCAGAGCAGUGUUUUCCAACCAGGAUGCCUCCAGCUG